CAAUGCUAGCGAACAAAGCUACUCUAUUUACGCUAAAAAGCAAUAUCUACAACUCUCCACUGUCUAGGAAGGAAAUAAUUUUGGUGCCCGAACGGUUUAAAUAUAAGCCACUUUCCAGCUGACAUUCUGUUUGUGCUUCAAGCACGGUGCAGCACAGUGUUCUGUAUUUGAAGCACAAAGUUAGCAGCUCGGGAAGCGCAGUACGGCCAGAACACAAACACGCGCUUGAAGAUUUGCGCGCGCAAACGCUCGAUUGCGUGCUCAAAAUGGUCAGCUGGAAAGCGGCUAUAGUGGGACACCGUUCACUCGGUACAAAAUGGUGGUAUAUUCGGUGUUACACCGCCGAUUACACUUACACCUUCGCUAUGCGAAAUAACCCUGCAGCACUACACGAACGCCCCACCAAAAUCCAAUUCCGAACUCAAUUCUGAAAGCACCUAGGAAAAAACCGUCAACCGUCAGUGGUCAGUAGUCAGUGUCAUGUCAAGUGUCAAUUGUUAAUGUAUUUGUUUUCAACAAAAAAUGUGAUUACAGAUUGCCGGAUAGUAUAGUAUAAUUUUAUUAAUCAAUAAUAAUACCUCCAGGAUCUAGGAAUUUAAUUACAACUUCAAAGUCUUCAACUCAACUAAUCUCCUUUAAAUUUGCCAAAAAAGUCAGUGAAAAUAAAGGCGGAGUUUGUAAUGGAUACCGAAAAUCCCAGCAACAUGUCCGAGUCACUGGAUGCAGUUGUGGAUCUAAUAAAACUCAUUGAAUAUCCUGCAAUCUCAACCUCUGAGGAUCUCCAUGUAGCCAUCGAAGCAGGCCUUAAAGAUAAGCAAUAUAAUAACUUGAUCCAAUUUCUCACCACUGAACUAAGAGCUUUACUGAACAUGGACGAAGAUGUCAACUGCGCUACUUCUCUAGAAGACUACACUGCCUUUGUUAUGAUUAUUUCAUCAUUUUUACGAGAACUAAAUUGCCCCCAUGAAUCAUUAACAGGAGGAAUAUUGACUGCAAGACUUACUAAAUAUAGUGACAAAUUAUUGUUGGUGAAGUAUUUAGUGGAUCAGUUGAUGUUAGCUCGAUUUUUACAAGAAAAGGUGCCUGAGAAAAAACUUGAAUUAAAAUUGCAAGAAACCAGGGAAAGUUCUGAUAUGCGUCAAAUUUUACAAACUUUACGAUUCCCCAAACCCCCUGCAAAUAUUACAUCAACACAGCUAUUUGAUAAAAUAGUAGCGACAAUUCCAUUGGUCAUUAAAAAGGCUGGUGGUGUUGACUUGGUAGGAGAUGGACUUUUCAAAGGAUCUUUAUCAGAUAAGCAAUGGGAACUCUUGAAAGACAUCGACAGUGACUUGCAUAAGGAAUAUACACUAAGAAGAGAAAUGAUGCUUAUGCGGCUUGAUGUUACUAUUCAAUCAUUUCAAUGGUCAGACAAAAUAAAGGGCAAGGAAGUAGAUUUUGAAAGUCAUUAUUUUGACCAGAGGAGAAUGUUGAAGCCGGAAUCCAAUUUAGACAUAUCUGAUCUAUUUGCGGCUAGAACUGAUUUGGCUAUACAUGAAAAAAUUAGCAGUACUUCUGUUAGGAAAAACACCAAGACACCUUUGAACAAAGUCAUAAUUGGGCAGGUCCCUGAUAGAGGCGGUAGGUGUUCCGAACUAAAAGCGCCACCGCCAGAUAUGCCUGCAUGGUCAGGUCGCAAUCAGACUUCAGGAGAUUUCUCAAGAGGCGGCGGGCGUGGAAAUCCUCGUGGUGGUCGUGAGAGUCGCGGCGGUCGGGGCGGCGGUGGUUAUGAGGGUCGUGGUGGGCGGGGCGGUCGAGGUAGUGGCAGUUAUGAGAGUAGAGGUGGUGGCAGUCAUGAGAGUCGGAGCAGUGGUGGUUAUGAGGGACGGGGCGGUAGUGAAUAUGAGGGACGCGGUGGCGAAUAUGAGGCCGUUGGCGGAUAUGAGGGUCGGGGCAGAGGUGGAUAUAGGAAGCAUCAGUCUGGAUAUCAAGGCAGAAAUUCUGGAAUCACUGAUGAUAGUCAGCGUCGAUAUGGAGGUAAUCAUUAUGGUGGUAGAGAAGAAAGUGGCAGCUAUGAUAGGUAUGGGGGGGCUAGUUACAGCGGCUAUGGAAACGAUAGUUAUAACUCUACCCGACGUGACAGUGAUGGGUCUAUUGAAGAUUAUCAACAAAAUAAAAGACCGAGGACUUAUGACAAUUUUCGGUCUGACCGGACUACGUAUGCUGAACAGUACGUACAAGAAAACCAACACAACCAGCAAUACCAUAGGGGUGGCGGUCGGGAUAACUAUCACAGAGGCCGUGGAAACUACCGUGGCGGCGGAUAUAGAUAAAUCAACUUUCGAAUAUAAUAAAAUUGUUUUAUUUGCUUUUUAAUUCGGGAUUAAUUGAUUUUUUCGAAACAUGUACCAGGUGAUUGUCUAUAUUUUGCACCCACACUUCACCUUUUUCAAUAAAAAUGCAAUUAUUCCACCACUUUUUUUCUUAUUUUCUCCCGGACUAUUAGGAUUAAACAUGAAAAACCAAAACAAUGGGUUAAUAAUAUAGGGGGUGUUCCAUUUAAAAAAGUAUAACUUUGCUUUGUCACAUUUUUGUGACAUCCUGUAUACUUGUAACUAACUUCAUUGAAAUCUUUCUGAUAUUACCUAAAACUUUUACAUCUGACAUUUCUCGGUAUCUCUUCAAAUGGGGUGAGAUAGGCAUGGGUGCAAAAUAUAGACAAUUCACCCGGUACCUACUUUGGCCGAGUUCUUUCCGGGCGUCACUAAUGUGCUUUGGCUUUGCGAUGAGUAAAACGAACUCGGCCUUAACAAAAAUUAUAUUCUUUUUUUUUUCUAAUUAAUGGAAGUUUACAAAUGUUUAUUUUUAUUAAAUACUUACUGGAUUUUUGUGUUGGGCGAAUAUUCAAUUAGAUAUAUGAUUAUACAUAUAACCAUUUUUAAUUUUCUUGCGUCAUAUCAAUGUUAUUAUUGAUAGUUUCCCUCUGUUAGUACUUUUAAAUUUUUCAUUAACUUACAAUUUUAGUUUUUAUAUAUUGAUUUGACUUUAUUUUUAUAUUUAGUAAAAUGUUUGUGCUGAUUGACUUUGGUGAAUGCUUUUUUUCGAUGUUAAACCUCAUUCUGUAACUUAUUGUAUAAAUAGCAAUUUCAUAUCCAUAAUAAACUGCUCAUUAUAA